UUUGAAUAAAAUCAAAUCACAAAAUAUUUUAAAUGAUUAAAAUAUUAAACAAUGAACUUACUAUAAAAUAUUUGUUAAAUGUAUUAUGUAAUUUUUAUAAAACUUAAAAUCAUAAUCGAUAUAGGUUAAGAGAUAAGUUAGUGAUAUUAAAAUUAAUUAUAAUAGAAAAAAAGUUGAUAUAUAAAAAACAACGUAAAAAUUAUUUAUUUAAAUUUUCCGUUAAAGUAUUAAAGUAUUAAAGUAUUUAAUAAUAAUUAUAUUACAAUGGCACAAGAUAAAGAGGAUCCUCCACGAAAGAGAUACAGAAGAGAAGAAGAAAAGGAAAGCAGUCCUUUUGAUGCAGAUGAUAAUUAUAUUCCUUAUGUACCGGUUAAAGAACGUAAAAAACAACAAUUAACUAAGCUUGGUAAGCUUGGACAACUUAAAGAUGAAGCUGCUGUUGGAAUUAUUGGGAAAAGUAGUAGUGAAAAUGAGAAAGAUGAUGCAGAUGAUGAUGAUGGACAAGUAUGGGGAAGGAAAUCAAAUAUUUCCUUAUUAGAUCAACAUACAGAAUUAAAAAAAUUAGCAGAAGCUAAAAAAGAAAGUGCUAUGGAGAAACAAUUAAAAGAAGAAGAAAAGAUUUUAGAGAGUGUAGCAGAAAAUAAAGCUUUAAUGGGUGUAGCAGAAUUAGCAAAAGGUAUUCAAUAUGAAGAGCCAAUAAAGACUAGUUGGAGACCUCCAAGAGCAGUUCUUACCGCAGGAGAAGCAAGACAUGAAAGAAUAAGAAGAAAACUUAGGAUUUUAGUAGAAGGAGAUGAUGUUCCACCACCACUGAAAAGUUUUAAAGAAAUGAAAUUUCAUAGAGGUAUAUUAAAUGGUCUGGAACAAAAGGGUAUCAUUAAACCAACACCAAUUCAAAUUCAAGGAAUACCCACAGUAUUAUCUGGACGAGAUAUGAUUGGUAUUGCUUUCACUGGUAGUGGUAAAACAUUAGUAUUUGUUUUACCUAUUAUAAUGUUUUGUCUAGAACAAGAAGUGGCUAUGCCAUUUGUGAGAAAUGAAGGACCAUAUGGUUUAAUUAUUUGUCCAUCUAGAGAAUUAGCAAAACAAACUUAUGAUAUUAUACGACAUUAUACAAAUAGUUUACGACAAGCAGGUUGUCCUGAAAUACGCAGCUGUUUAGCAAUUGGAGGUGUACCUGUAUCAGAAUCUUUAGAAGUUAUUAAUAAAGGUGUACAUAUUAUGGUGGCAACUCCUGGAAGAUUAAUGGAUAUGUUAGAUAAAAAAAUGGUAAAACUUAGCGUUUGUCGAUAUCUUUGUAUGGAUGAAGCGGAUCGUAUGAUCGAUAUGGGUUUUGAAGAAGAUGUACGAACAAUUUUUUCAUUUUUCAGGGGACAGAGACAAACGUUAUUAUUUUCUGCUACUAUGCCAAAAAAGAUUCAAAAUUUUGCCCGUUCUGCUUUAGUAAAACCUGUGACGAUUAAUGUUGGUCGCGCAGGUGCAGCGUCUAUGAACGUAGUGCAAGAAGUUGAAUAUGUCAAACAAGAAGCUAAAAUAGUAUAUCUUUUAGAAUGUUUACAAAAGACUCCACCACCUGUACUUAUUUUUGCCGAGAAAAAACAAGAUGUAGAUGCUAUUCACGAAUAUUUAUUAUUAAAAGGUGUUGAAGCAGUAGCAAUACAUGGCGGAAAAGAUCAGGAAGAAAGAUCACGUUCUGUAGAAGCUUUCCGUGAAGGACGAAAAGAUGUGUUAGUUGCAACAGAUGUUGCGUCUAAAGGUCUUGAUUUCGCUGAUGUACAACAUGUUAUAAAUUAUGAUAUGCCGGAUGAUGUUGAAAAUUAUGUACAUAGAAUUGGAAGAACUGGACGUUCUGGACGAACUGGAAUAGCGACAACAUUUAUUAACAAAGCAAAUGACGAAUCUGUAUUGUUAGAUCUUAAACAUUUGCUUAUGGAAGCGAAACAAAAAGUUCCACCAUUUUUGCUGGAACUUUGUUCGGAAAAUGAAAAAUAUCUCAAUUUGGGAGAUGAGCGUGGUUGCAGUUAUUGUGGUGGUCUUGGUCACAGAAUUACCGAAUGCCCUAAAUUGGAAGCUAUCCAAAAUAAACAAGCAUCCAACAUCGGUCGCCGUGAUUACUUAGCCAGCAAUGCUGCUGAUUAUUAAAAGCGUUAAUUCAAAUAUUUGAAAUAUUUUAUUUUUUGUAUAGUAUUCUAUUUUGUACAAAAUAAUGUCGAUUUUGUAAAUAGCUUUGCAAAAUUUAUAAUUGAAAAAUUAAUAAAAUAUUAAUUUAU